AGAGAGAGAGAGAGAGAGAGAGAGAGAGAGAGAGAGAGAGAGAGAGGGAGGAGGGUCUUCUAUAAAGAACUCGGGAUGACCCUUUAUAACGUCGGUUCAUUAAAUACCACCUCCUUUGUCUCCGCUUCCAGGACUCAAAAACCCCAACACAAAUCGCCUUUGAAUCUAAUACGUAACCGCCCCAUUUCACCUGUUUGCCUCUCUUCCUCUCUAUCUGGAAUGGAAUCCACUGCUGGUUCUAGCCUGUAUCCUUCGCAUCGUUGUAAAACGCUUCAUUUGGUGAGGCAUGCUCAAGGGAUUCAUAAUGUAGCAGGGGAAAAGAAUCAUGAUGCCUACUUUUCUGAAGAACUUUUUGAUGCUUACCUUACCCCUCUUGGCUGGCAGCAGGUAGAUAAUCUGCACAAGCAUGUUCGAGAAAGUGGACUUUCUGAGGGAAUAGAUUUGGUCAUUGUGUCCCCAUUACUAAGGACCAUGCAAACAGCUGUUGGAGUAUUUGGUGGUGAAGGGUAUGCAGAAGGCAUAGAUGCACCUCCACUAAUGGUGGCAAAUGCAGGAAAUAGUGACCGUUCUGCAAUUUCCAGUUUGAAUUGCCCUCCAUUUAUAGCAGUUGAGCUUUGUCGAGAGCAUUUCGGAGUUCAUCCGUGUGAUCGGAGAAGAAGCAUCAGUGAAUAUCGGCCUCUGUUUCCUGCAAUGGAUUUUUCUCUGAUUGAAAAUGAUAGGGAUGUUUUGUGGACACCUGAUGUCAGGGAAAAGAAUGAAGAAGUUGCAGCCAGGGGACUUAAAUUUAUGAACUGGUUGUGGACACGGAAGGAAAAGGAGAUUGCAAUUGUUACCCACAGUGGGUUCUUAUACCAUACCCUAAGUAAUUUUGGGAAUGACUGUCAUCCAUCCAUUAAGAGUGAAAUAUGCACACACUUUGCUAACUGUGAGCUCCGGUCAAUGGUUUUUGUUGAUAGAAGUAUGAUGGGAUCAGAUUCUGCAAUAACAAACUUCCCGGGAAAAAUUCCACAUGGGCUUGGUCUUCCAAGUGAUGUUGCUGAUGAGAAGCUUCCAAAUGGAGUUACCAAGUAGAUAUUAAUCUGAAGAACAACUCUCUAGACUAAUGUUUAAAAUUUAUUUUGAAGGAAUGGUGAAUUAGGGACCUGAGUUCAAUAUCCCCAAUAGUAUGAUUACAAUUUUACUCAUUUCCUUAUAGCAAGAGGAUGGGUAUACUUAUUCUUUUUAGAUGAAACAUCAAAUUUUAUGUUCUGUGUCGUAAUUCGUCGUUAGAUUAAAGGUAGCUUUAAGCAUUUGAACCAUUAAGUCGUUGAAUUAAGUGGCUUAAAUAAAAUUAAUUGCAUUCUCAGGCGCAUUCUUAGGAAUUGUCACUAUCUGUUGAAGAAAUGGGUUGGUUCCUUUUUUAUAUUAACCCCAAUACAACCUGAAAAGACUUCUAUCAAGUUUUUACCGAUUUCCUGUAUGCAGAUAUGGACACGGCUGCAGAAGCUCAACUUCAAGGCCUCAAAAUUC